AUGACCACCGAGAGCCAGCCCCAGCCUGCUCCUCCGCAGGCCCUCUUCUCCCCGACUCCGCAGAGCCCAACCCACGAUACCCCGCCGCCGCUCCCUAACCCCAGCAUGCCCGCCCUCGCGCCCCAAUUCCCGCCCCAGCCCGCCGCCAACGGCGCCCGCGUCUCGAACCGCCACUCGCGCGACUUCAGCGGCUCCCAGAGCAACGGCCAGGUCCAGAGCCCCACCAGCCAGCAGGGCGUGCCCAUACAACACCGCGUUUCCAACGGCCAGCAGGGCCAUGUGCGCGGCAUGAGCGGCUUCGACGGGCCUCGCAGCCCGCCCAACAGCAAGAGUGAGCGCCUGCCUCACCGGAAGCACCCGCCCAAGACCACUAGCACUGAUCCCACUGAGCUCAAAGGCACUGCCCACGUCCCGUGCAAAUUCUACCGCCAGGGCGUGUGCCAGGCCGGCAAGGCCUGUCCCUUCCUGCACACCAACGACCUGGCCACCGAGACGGCCCCGUGCAAGUACUUCCAGAAGGGCAACUGCAAGUUCGGCGCAAAAUGCGCUCUCGCACACAUCCUCCCCGAUGGCAGGCGCGUCAACGGCCCGAACCUCGCAAUGGGCAGGCAUCCCUACGGCCGCCCGCCCGCCACCCAGAGCUCGCUGCUCACCAUGCAAGCCAUGGCCGGCGGCCCGCAAUACCCCUACAUGUCCUCCGACGAGCCCUACCUGGGCGCUCAGGGCAAACAUCUUCACGACAUGAUACCCACCAUCGACCAGACCUUCUCCUCGAACCCUGGUUCCAACUUCGGUUCACCGCCGAAUGACAGCCGUCUCCCGACGUCGCCCGUGCAGAAGGGCCUGAGCGUCCUCGAUGCCCCGCUCCCCGCUUCUUUCGACAGCCAGGGAAUUUCUCACAUGGCUCGCUACGGUCCCAUCGCCGCAUCCGUCCCCUCGCGCUUCGGCUUCGAGGGCUCCUCCCCGCCGUCUUCGUAUCAGAACAAAGCGCUUGAGACAUCUACAUUGAGGAACUUGCACAGCUCUGCGUUUGGGGAUGAGGCGCUCGCGAGGAAUGGCCUGGGAUCAUCCCCGCCCACGACGGAAGAGCCGAUGAUGGGCAGACGCAUCAUGCACUCGGAGCGCUUCGCGAGACCGAAGGUCAUGUCGGCGAGCUUGGGCACGCGACCGGGCUUUGGCCAGGACGAGUGGGAUGAGAACUUCGCAUUCGAGGAGGACUUGGUCCCCAACAGCCUCCACGAGUUGCUGACCCCGCAGGAGAAGAUGCGCCGCUUUUCCCGCGCUGGCGAAGACGAACACGGGUUCAACCACCGUCAGUCGCUUUCCGGCCUGGGUACUCCAGGCGAUUCCAAGGUCGGCUCACCCUUGGGUUCCUCUCCCUCCCGUUUUGGCGCGCUUUUCUCCCGGACACACAAGCCCGCCGAGGAGAUCUCAUCGAGCCCUGGCGCCAACGUUUUCGGCCAUGUGGGCUCCCCUCUCCGUGGUUCUUCCCUGAACCCGAACGCGAGCCCGUCCCUCCGUCCCAUCGGAGAUCGCAGGACCCCUUCGACCGGUGAGGCCAGCCCAUUCGGUCUUGCGAGCCCGCCGCGCCAGAGCAGCAUCAGCACGCUCAGUCAGCAGCUCCAGCGUACGCGCCUUUCAUCUCUCGUCGUGGACUCCAAGCCCGAAGGUCCGGAAGACAAACAGCACCCGGGCAUGUCUGGACGGUUGACUUCAGCUUCCAGUCUUGGCUCCGCAGCUUCGAGGUCCGGAAUCGGUAUGGACCGCGCCAUCUCCAGCAGCAGCAUUGGCCGUGAGCCCAUUGAAGAGGAGCAAGAACAGGGCCUGUUCGACAUGGAAGAAGAAGAAUCCGCUGCUGAUAAGGAGAAGAAGGCGAAGAGGCUGUCUAGCGGCCUUGGCGGGACCAACUCCUCGCAAGGAGGGGCUUGGGGUGUCUUCCCGGGCUUAGGUGCAGGCGUUGGGAGCGAGAAGAGCUCGUAA